UAGAGUAGCCUAAAGGUUAAUUGGGCAGGUGAACAGGUCAGGAACACGAGAAGUAAGCGACUGGCUGCGAGAAAAUUUGAUCCGCGGACAGCUUGGAAACUCAAGCAUCAGUCGGCGCAUCCCCUCCGGUGUAUAUAAGACCGAGCCAGCUGUCACAUAGCACCACAAAGCCUUAUCUGCUGCUGAUUUGGACUUGGACGGAGAGGAAACCGAGCCAACAGCGGACCAACAUGUCACUCACCUCCAUCCUUUCAGCUGAGGCCAUUGAAAAUGCUGUCAAGGACUGCCAAGCUCCGGACUCAUUCUGCUACAAAAAGUUCUUCCAGCUGUGUGGCCUGUCCUCAAAGACGCCCAAGGAAAUCCAAGAUGUCUUCCAGAUCCUCGAUGAGGACAACAGCGGCUUCAUCGAGGAGUCUGAGCUCAAGUACUUCCUGCAGCGGUUUGUCCCCGGGGCGCGGACAUUGACUGAGGCAGAAACCAAGAGCUUCAUCUCAGCAGCUGAUGAUGACAGUGAUGGCAGAAUUGGAGUAGAGGAAUUCCAGAUGAUGGUCCUGUCCUGAGGUUUACAGAUGAAAAGAUCUCAAGUCUUCAGGUCUUCAGACCUCUCCUGACCUCUGGAGGCUCCUGAUCCCAUCUUCCAUUCCCAGUGAUUUCUUUUGUUUUCUACUAAAUUCUCUGUGUGCUAAGUGUUUUUAAAUGACAAUUUGUCCAUUUAAAGACUUAACAGACCUUUACUUUGUCUUUUCCAUUGUGUUGGUCCUUGUUUUUCUUUUCU